ACAGCGCUUCACUCGCUCUUUCUUAGCGCCGUUUCAGCUCCAACAACGAUGGUAGAAGAAGCUCCAGCACCGGCCAGCUCGGCCCCCGCCAAGGCUCCUAAAAAGAAGACCGCGACCAAACCCAAGAAAGCGGGUCCCAGCGUCGGCGAGCUGAUCGUCAAAGCUGUUUCCGCUUCCAAGGAGAGGAGCGGCGUGUCCCUGGCCGCCCUGAAGAAAGCUCUGUCUGCAGGUGGAUACGACGUGGAGAAGAACAACUCCCGCGUCAAACUCGCCGUCAGAAGCCUGGUGACCAAGGGCAUCCUGGUGCAGACCAAGGGCACCGGCGCCUCAGGCUCUUUCAAGCUCAACAAGAAGCAGACCGAGGCGAAGAAGCCCGCGGCCAAAAAAGCCGCCGCUCCUAAAGUGAAAAAGGCCGCAAAGAAACCCGCCGCUGCAAAGAAGCCCAAGAAGGUAACAGCCAAGAAGCCCGCCGCUAAGAAGUCCCCCAAGAAGGUCAAGAAACCCGCUGCGGCCGCUAAGAAGUCCCCCAAGAAGGUCAAGAAACCCGCUGCGGCCGCUAAGAAAGCCACCAAGAGCCCUAAGAAGGCUAAGAAGCCGGCGACCCCCAAGAAGGCAGCCAAGAGUCCUAAAAAAGCCAAGGCAGCUAAACCCAAGACCGCUAAGCCCAAAGCGACCAAGGCCAAAAAAGCUGCACCCAAGAAGAAGUAAACUUGUUCCUGUUUUAUUACUUUUGUUUUAUUAA